CUCAGUCGACUGCCGACCAUAGAUAUUACACCGCUGCCGACUGUCAAUUCACCUUCAACUUUCAAGUCAAUUGUUAUUUGUUUAUUUUUUUAUUUUAAAAGCAGGUGAGACCGUGAGACGUCGAUCGUCGAUAACACAUGGAUAACACCAUACGCUUCGUACGGUACUUUAAUACCAGUGAAGUUUAUAAGUGUGAAACCAUUGUGAAACACAGUUCUCUAAUAGGGCACAGCAAUAUGGAAAACAGCGUCAGUUCCCGCGAUCCUAAUGGAAGCAGUAUUGUUGAAAUUACGGACAGCAAUUUUGAUAUGGUGUUAGCCUCCAGCGAAGUUGUGUUUAUGUUUUAUACACCUAAAGGGUAUCAACCUAGAGAUGGUACUCAUCCGAAGACUAUAUUAUUUGAAAAUGUUGCGAAAGAAAUCUCGAAAGCCGGCCUCAGUCCUGGAAAAGUUGUAAUGGCUAAAUUGGACUGCAGAAAAUACGAGGCUCUUUGGACUAGAUUUGUCAUGACGCAAGAUAUUCCAAGAUUCAGACUGUUUAGAAAUGGUUGCCCAACCAAAAUGGAUUAUAGAGGCAUGCACACUGUAGAAGCCAUAGUGGAGUUUAUCAAGGAACAAUUGACUGAUCCUAUUAUCCCAUUUAGUCAUUUGAAUGAGCUUCACAAUCUCAAUGAAGAUAAGGGACAUAUAAUUGCUUAUUUGGAUAGUAAAGACCAGCCUGAAUAUGACAUCCUUCGUAAAGUGGGAACUAGUCAUAGGGAAAGAUGUCAAUUUUAUGUGAAGUUUGGUGACUCGGCACAAGAAAUGAAUCGUCCAGGUCAGCCUACUGUUGUAUUAUUAAAAACAGACGAAAAGACAUCACCUGAACCCGAUGAGACAUUCCAUGGAUCAUUGCUCAACUUUGAAGAACUACACACUUGGGUGCAAGAGAAAUGUAUCCCACUUGUGCGUGAAGUUACAUUUGAAAAUGCAGAGGAAAUGGUUGAAGAAGGAUUACCCUUCCUUGUCCUGUUCCAUAAGCCCACUGACACAGAGAGUGUGAAGAAAUACAAAGAAAUCGUCAGAAGAGAACUUGAAUCUGAAAAACAAAAGAUAAACUUCCUAAGGGCUGACGGCAUAAGUUUUGAGCAUCCUAUGCGUCAUCUCGGCAAGUCAGUGUCAGAUCUGCCUUUGAUCGCCAUCGACUCGUUCCAGCGCAUGUACCUCUUCCCAGAUUACAAGGAUAUGAAAAAACCGGGAAAACUCAAGGAAUUCCUCCAAGAUUUUUACUCCGGGAAACUUCACAGGUAUAUACAUAUAGAUCGCGACACAUUGAGAAGGAAAUCGGAGUAUGAGGCGGGCGGGACGCCUCGUGCACUCGCGCUCGCCCACAUUGCCUUAGCGCGGGGGCUGUGCGGGGCGCUCCCUCCCCGAUUGCUAAUUCAACCUGUCGCGUACUAUGACGCAUUCUGGUGCUUUCUUCAUACAAACGUAGGAUGUAAGCUUAGUAAUAAGGUCCCGUUGGCACUCUUUGUGUUUGAAACCCAAAAAAAGGUCCAUAUGCAAUUGAGAUUGAAACUGCAAUGCAGUAUAUUUACCUACUCUUAUCUCGAGCAGAAUUCUGAAGAGUUCCCAGUGGAGCUUAUUAGUGUGAAACACAGUUCUCUAAUAGGGCACAGCAAUAUGGAAAACAGCGACAGCUCUUGUGAUCCCAAUGGAAGCAGUAUUGUUGAAAUUACUGACAGCAAUGUUGAUAUGGUGUUAGCCUCCAGUGAAGUGGUGCUUAUGUUUUAUGCGGCUAAAGGAUAUCACCCUAGAGAUAGUACUCGUCUGAUGCCUAUAAUAUUUGAAUAUGCUGCGGAAGAAAUCUCGAAAGCUGGCCUCGGCCCUGGCAAAGUGGUAAUGGCUACAUUGGACUGUAAAAGAUAUGAGGAUCUGAGUAGUAGAUUUGACAUGUAUGUUUUCUACCCAACUUUCAAACUGUUUAGAAAUGGUUGCCCAUGCGAAUUUCAUUGGAAAGCCAAGUACACUGGAGAAAACUUAGUGAAGUUUAUCAAGGAGCAAUUGACUGAUCCUAUUAUCCCAUUUAGUGAUAUAAAUGAGCUUCACGACCUCAGUGAAGAUAAGGGGCAUAUAAUUGCUUAUUUCGAUAGUAAAGAUCAGCCUGAAUAUGACGUCCUUCGUAAAGUGGCAACUAGUCUUAAAGAUAGUUAUCGAUUCUAUGUGAAGUUUGGUGAUUCGGAACAAGAAAUGCAUCGUCCAGGUCAACUAAGUGUCGUAUUUAGAUCAUUAACAGGAACUCCAGUUAGACUCAACGAGACAUAUCAAGGAUCAUUGCUUAGCUUUGGCGAUAUAUUUUCCUGGGUCAAGCAAAAAUGUUUCCCUCUUUUACGGGAAUUAAAAUCAGAGCAUGAACAAAAGCUGAGAAAUGACGGACCAUUUUUUAUCUUGUUACAUUUACCCUCUGAUACACAAAGCUUGAAGAAAUACAAAGAACUUAUCAGGAGAGAAUUAAAAUCUAAUAAAUGGCAAUUUAAGUUCCUUAUUGCAAAUGGCACCCAAUUCCAGCAAUUGUUGGCUCGUUUCAACAAAUCAACGUCAGAGCUGCCAUUAAUUGCCCUGAACUGUUACAGUAGAGUAAACCUCUUUGAUUUCGAUGUUUUUGAAAAACCUGGACAACUCAACGAAAUUAUGGAUAAAGUAUAUUCAGAGGAUUUAUAUUUACAUUACGAAGGAAUUGAUACAUGUCGCCUUAUUGAUGACACUGAAGAAGAAUUUUAUAUUCGUGGCUUAUUUGAAUGAUUUUAAUAUACCUACUAACCAGAUAUUAAGAGACAAGCCGUUCGGAACUAAGUCCAAGCUGGGGAAAGUGUUGCG